AUGAAUAUACCAAUUCUGAUUUUUUUCUUGUCUUAAUUGAAAGAGUUUUUAACCUUUUCAAUUAUUGAUUUAAAUCAAUAAAACUAAGUUUAAAGGGAUGAUAUAGAUUUAGGUGUUUAAGAUUUUGGAGUUAACAAACUUUUAACCUAUGGGAUGUGGUCCAAAUACAAUCCAUUAAGUGGAAUUUCAAAAGUAGGUCCUGUAGGAUAAAUGGAAAGCAACUGCUUUUUAAUUCAUUAUGCUACAUCUAUUUUAACCCAAAAUCUCAAUCUUAUAUAUUAUGAUUGUUUAGAUUAUACAUAGAGGAAAAUACUGAAAACUAUUGAAUUUAUGGAUGAAGAAAACAACCAGCAUAUAAUUGAAUUAUAAAUUGAUAAUAAUAAAUACGAGGAUGUUUGGCAUUUUUGUUAAUUCAUUAUCUAUCCUAAUCAAAGGAAAUUUGAAGUUAUUAUUUUAAAUUAAGAAGAUAUUCUGCUUCAUUAAUUUUUUGAAUUGAAAUUUCCUUUCAAAGACUAAAAUUUAUCUCUAAUAUUUGGGAGUAGUUUAAUUGUUAAUAAAUCAUAUAUAAUUUCAAUAUUAAAAGGAAGAAAAUUUGCUACAUUUCCAGGUUUUUUAAAAGUGAAUAAAAUUUUGAUUUAAGAGAGUUCUAUUUAUUAAAAUUUUGAAGAUAUAGCAUUUGAAGUUUUGUAGGGUUUUAUAUAAUGUUAAUGCAUUCAAGAUAGUGCUUUUUAAUUAAAAGAUUGGGAUCUUUCUUCUGUUAAUAAAUUGACAUAUUUAUCUUAAAAUACUAAUUGUGACUCUUUUUAAUUUUAGGGUUGGUUAAGGAUUAAUAAUAUUGGAUAACUAUUAUCAGAUAUUACUUAUUAAAUAAUUAAAAUUUCAUCAAAUUUUAAUAGUGCAAUUUUAUCUAAUUAAAAUUUAUCACCAUUUUAAUUUAUUUAUUAACUUUCUCCUACAAUGCAUAGAAUUAUUAUUACUACUUAUAGUUACAAUUUUCCUUUAGUUAAUAUUGAUUUUAAAGAUAAUCCUUUUUUAAUAAUUGAUUAAUUUGAUGUUUUAAAUAAAGUUUAGUUAUGGCAUAAAUUAAUUGUUAAUUUAUUGAAUAAUGAAUUAUAGUUAAGUAUCAGUUUCUAUGAUGAUUCUGAAAUCUUUACUAUAAGUAGAUUAAUUAAUGUUGUUUAAUUUCAUUCAAACUAAUUCAGAAUUAAUUAUGGAAAUCUCUUAAAUAAUAUCAAUAAUGCUAUUAAUAUUUAAUUUAGAAAUUUUAUAUUUUUUAAUUGUUAAUAACCAAUAAAUGAAAUUAAUUGCCAUUAAAGUUGUUUUGAAUGCAAUGGUCCAACUAAAUUAAAUUGCUUAUCUUGUUCAUAAGAAUCAAAUAGAAUUUAUUUAAUUGAUUAAAAAAUGUGUAUUUGUCCUAAUGAUUUAAUUGACACAGGUGAAAAAUGCUAGUCUUAUUCUGAUUUAGGCUUUUAAUUAAUAAAAGAUAAUUCAAUAUAAUUAGAUAAAACUUGUAAUUAUGGUUAUUUCUUAAUUGGUGAUGAAUGUUUUUAAUGGUAAUAAUUUAUCAUAAUAUAGUCCUUCGAUAAUCAAUUCUCAGCGAUUGACAUGUAUAGAAUGUCUCAUGAAUCCAUUAACAUGGAUUAAUUCAUUAGUUUGUUUAAAAGAUAUAUCUAUGAAUAAAAUUGGAGAAACUGCUUACUUUUUUGAAGAUUUUUAGCUUUAAUAUUUUUAUGAUGGAUUUGAUUUUUAUUUUUGUCUGUCAAAUGUUUGUGAUGUCGAAUACAUAUUUGAUCUAUUAACAAUUUAACAAGAUGAAAUUUUUUUAAGGCCUAUUGAAGAUGAAAAUGAAAUUUUUAUUGGUCGUUUCUAAUGUUCAAAUAAUUGUUUUGACUGUUUAUCCGAUGAUGUUGGUCUUUUAUGUAGAGAAUGUGAUGAUAAUUUUAAAUUAGCAGAUGGUAAAUGCUAAGAUAUAUAUUGUUAUCCUCCAUAUUAUAUGAAUAUGGCUGGAAGAUGUAAAAGAUGUUCUCUAUAAAAUUGUAAAUAUUGUUUUGAGUAUUAAAAUAAUGAUUUAUCAAAAUGCACAUUAUACCAUGAUUUUUAAUCAUUUAACACAGAUGAAAUUAUAAAUGUAGGUUGUGCUUUAUGUAAUGAUAACUAUACAUUUGAUUUUUCUAAAAGUAUUUGCAUUUAACAAAAGAUAUCUAUUUAAAAUUGUAUACGAUCAUAUGUCAAUUUAGAAAAUUAAGAAAUUUGCACAUUAGCAUCAAUUUAAGAUUUUUCAAUAGCUCCUGAAAUCAUUAAUUGUUAAGAAUUAGUAGAAAAUUGUAUGCAAUGUAUAUAAACUCCUGAAUUUAUUCUCAAAUGUAUAAUUUGCCUCAACGGAUAUGUUCCCUCAAUUGAGAAUGGUAGUUGCUAGAAAGCUUCAUCAUUAGUAUCAAAUUUUACAAUAUCUGCAUUCUCAUAAGAAUUUUAUGAGAAUGGUUGGAUAUAAUUAAUCUAAAGUUUUUUAAUGUCAUUUUUACCAAAUAAAUACAUUUAUCCUUAUGAUUUAAAUAGCAUUUAUAAAUUUUAGAUACUUGAAUGUGAAGAAGGAUGGAAAAUAAGUAGCAUUUCAUAUUUAUGUAUAAAAGAUUGCAGCUCUGAAUGUCUUUCUUGUUAUUACGAAAAAUUUUAAUCUAUUUGUAAGAUUUGUCCAUUAAAUGAGUUUUAAUAGCCCAUUAUAAAUCAAUAUUAAGGUAAAUGUUAUGAAUGUCCUUAAUUUUGUAAAAUUUGUUAACCUACUUCAGAUUAUAAAAUUAAUGUAAAAUUUUAUAUAUAAUUAUAGAGCAAUUAACCCCAAUUUAUUAUCAAUGAUAAUCUAUUAUAUACUAGAAAAUGUAUUAUGCCUUAAUAAAUUCCAAAUAUUUAAAUAGAUUCAUAAUUAUAGGUUGCAAAGUAUUGUUUUGAUGGUGACUGUAAUUAAAUCCUUUCCUUCGAAACAAUAAUUGGAGAUUGUAAUUUUAUAAAUCUUGCUAAUGUAACGGAAUUUUAUUAAAAUUAAAUUGAUUUCUAUAAUUAGAUGGGAUAGGAUAAAUUAAUUUUAAAAUAUAUAUUUGAUUUUAAUAAAAUUUGCUUAGCACAACGUGGCUUAUUUCUGAAUAAUGAAUUAAAAUAAUAGAUUUAUUCAUUGAAAUUUAUUAAAAUUAUUGCAGUAGCUGUUAAAGAUUCAUUAUUAUUUUCUUAUGGUAAUAUUAAUUUUUCAAAUUUUGAUUCGGUUGAAUUAUAAAAUUUCACAUUAA